ACACUCCGGAAGUAAAACCGGCCAAGUAAACGUCGGUGACCAAACGAUCGACGGCAAUUUAACUGGCAACUGCCUAGUUCGCGCAAACUUUUGUGAAAUUGUACGCGCAUAAAAAUUACAAUUUUCAACUUUAGAGUAGUUAAAUAACGUUGUGACGUUGUCAAAACACCGUGAGAUAUUACGAUAUCAGUGAGAUAAGGUUCCAACAUAUCUAAAAAUAAAUUCAAUACAAUUCAAGCACUGAGAAAAAGGAAAACUAAGAUUAACAUUACGAGCUGUGCAAUUAAUCACCGAUAAAUUUACAGUGCUACUCUAUAAGUAUGGCAACACAUGCACUUCGUGGUAUUCAGAGGCUGAGUCGAGUAUUGGAUGUAGGAGGAAUAAGGACGCUGAAUUCCAUAUUAAGAUGUACAUCUACUUCAUCACAAACUAAAAUUGUGACAGGGCCAAAUAACGAGAAGAUUAUUAUGCCUUUGGCUGGUGAGGCUUCUUAUCCGGAAACAUUGAUCCACGAGUUCGUUUGGAAUGAUAUCGAGAAUUAUCCUAAUCAUAUUGCUUUGGAAUGUGGCGUAAGUGGCAAGAAGUACACCUUCGCGCAAGCCAAGGAUGCGACAAGUUACAUAGGUAGAAGUUUGCGAAACAUGGGUCUCAAACAGGGUGAUGUGGUAGCAUUAGUAGCACCCAAUCUUCCAGAUACAGUUUUAGGUUUUCUUGGAAGCUUAUCAGGCGGACUUGUUGUGACCACCGUAAAUCCGCUGUACACGGCUGAGGAAAUACAAAGGCAGUUCUUGAAAGUUAAUGCAAAAGCAAUCAUUACUUCUACCGCAAUUGCAUCCACAGUGCUCGCUGCAACAAGAGCUUGUCUUCCACGUGAAACUCCUUUUAUUGUGAUUGACGAUAAGACUGGUUCCAUGCCAGAGGGUUCGAUACCUUUCAAUGAUCUCAUAACGCGAGGCAAAUCAUUGGCACCUGUAAAAUUAAACAGUACUUGCGACGAUCUAGCAGUUUUGCCAUUCUCAAGUGGUACUACUGGAUUACCAAAGGGUGUUAUGCUAACGCAUCGUAAUUUAGUGUCUAAUAUAAUGAUGGCUCAAGUUUCUGUAGAUCCUAAUCCAUUCCGUCCUACUACAAGCACAUAUCAAGAAGUAAUACCUGCAGUAUUACCAAUUUUUCAUAUUUAUGGGAUGAAUGGUAUGGUAUUUCCACGUCUCGCUUUCGGCGGAAAGGUAGUUACUAUUCCAAAAUUUGAACCGCAAAUAUUCCUUAACAUAUUGGAGAAAAGUAAGGCAACUGUGUUGUUUUGUGUACCACCUAUAGUGCUAUUCCUAACGGCUUCUCCUUUUGUAAAAAAGCAUCAUUUUGAGCAUAUGCAUACGAUGAUGAGUGGUGCUGCGCCGCUCGCUCAAACGGAUGUCGACAGAUUCUACGAUAAAUACAACAUUGACCCAAAAGUUUUUAAAUUUCGUCAAGGUUACGGAUUGACAGAAAGUUCACCAGUGGCAUGUUACGAACAGGGGAAGAAAUAUUCCAGCAUUGGGAAAAAUCUUGCAAGUUGCCAAGCACGCCUGGUAGACAUAACAUCACAACAGGAUAUCAGCAUUCCAGGUCAAACCGGCGAAUUGUGGCUCAAGGGGCCUCACAUUAUGAAAGGAUAUCUAAAUGACGAAGUCGCUACAAAAAAUACGUUAACCGAGGAUGGAUGGUUGAAAACGGGUGACGUCGCAUACUUCGAUGAAGAUUUCGAUUUCUACAUUACAGAUAGAUUAAAGGAACUCAUCAAAGUCAAAGGAUUCCAGGUGCCGCCGGCGGAACUGGAAGCAUUGCUGCGGACGCAUCCAGGCGUGGAGGAAGCAGCAGUGAUAGGUAUUCCUCAUGCAAGGUAUGGUGAGGUGCCAAAAGCAUUCGUAGUGGUGAGCAAGGGUAAGAAACCUACGGAGGACGAGAUUAAGAACUUUGUGAAAGGGAAGGUCUCUGAUUACAAGCAACUGGAAGGUGGUGUCACUUUCGUUGAUAGUAUUCCGAAGAAUCCGAGCGGAAAAAUUUUAAGAUCAAAGUUGAAGCAGAAUUGCAAAUCUUAACCAUGAGAGUGAUGUUUUUUUAAAUAAAUAAAACAUUUUAAAAAUAA